UUUUUCAAUAUAAAACUCACAAGAUGAGUUUUCUGGAUUUCUUCCAAAGGGCAACCCGAAUUUUUCUUGGCCAUCUGGGCCGGUGCAAAUGUGGGCUUGAUUUGCUGGUCCCGUACAAUCUAUUUUAAACUUAAAAGUGUAACCCAAUCACAGGUUGAACCCAUCGAAAUGCGUGCUGAGCACCCUGGCGGACCGACAAAGGGAAUCUCACUGUCCUAAAAGGCAAUCGAAACUUUAAUUCCAGAAACCCCAGAUUUCAAACGCUAAACAAACGUAUCGGAUUCUCCGACUAAACCCGAAUCCGCAAUCAGAAGAUGUCCGAAACUCCAGUCCCAAAACUCGCCACCAGCAUCCACAUAACGGCACUGGACGGAAUAAUUAACGUCAACUCCCUUUUCACAUUAGCAGUCUUCAUCGGCCUCACAUGGAACCCAACCGACCCGAAUAACAGCUUGAUCGAUCCGGGCCGCCAGGCGAAUUGCUUACCCGGGUCAAAAGUGGCGAAGGAUCUGGUGACCUUCCACGUAUACUCCUUCGGCUGCUUCCUCUUCUCCAGUCUCAUCGCAUUGGGGCUGAAGCAGGCCAUCCGGUUGUCCAGGUCGGUCCAUUGGGACCGGACCAUCUGGACCAUAGACCUGGCCCAUGUGAACCAGACCGCCCUCCGGGUGGGGUACUUGGUUUCGGCUUUGGGUUCGGUUUGCGGGUCGGUGUUUUUGAUGCUAGCUUUGGUGAAUGUGGUGCAGAUCAAGCUUGGGAUGUUGGGAUGUGGAAGUAGGCGUAGCUACGGGGCUGUGGUGCCACUGGUGAUUUUGGUACCAUCUGGGCUUUUGAUUUAUGUUUGUAUGGUGUUUUAUGCUUUUACUCGUUAAGAUAUUCAUCUUUUCUUUGAGACUUGUAAAUCGUGGAAUUUGGUUCUGGGCUUAUAGUAGAUUAGUACUUAGAAAAAAAAAAAAAAUCACUAGUGGUUUUAUUUGUUGUAUGAUGAAAUUGGAGUGUGAGAAUUAUGGAUCCCAUUAAACUCUGGCUCUGUGCUAGUAGGCUAGUGUUUAAUUUUUAA